AUGGAAAAUUAUCAAUUCGAAGGUAGAGAUAUUCUUAGUCAAAGUGCACAAUCAACAUUCGAAUAUCAAAAUGAAUUGUUGCAAUAGUUUUAGUUUGUUUAAAAUGAAACUCUACUGUUUAUAAAUAUUGAAGAAUCAGACUAAGAAGUAGACAUAACUAAAUAGAAAUUAGUCAAAACAUAAUUAUUCUGCAGAAGAGCUUCCAUUUAAGAAUCAUAAGGCAGUUCAUCAUAACAAAAUCAAAUACAUACUAAUCAACCAAUAAUCAUAUAACCAGAACAGUAAAUUUAAGAAAACAAAUAGAUAAACGUUAAACAAAUAAAAAGACUGACGAAAAGAAGUCAGACUGCUUUUAAGAAAGAUUUUGGAUCUUUUGCAAAACAAAAUGGGUCAAAAAUAUUUUUAAAGCGAGCGAAUUAAGCAAUAGUUAAUAAUUUUGAAAAAAUAAGAAAAUAAAAAUCAAUUAUUACCAAUAAUAUCAACCAAUUUGGAAAAUCACAUCUUCGAACUAUUUAAGUUAAGUACUUUAGAACUAAUCUCUCAAAAGUCCUAUUUAUUGAAAAAGAGAUGACUGCAAUAGAAUUUAUUGUACUUGCAUUAAAAGAGUACACUCUUGAAAGGAAGUUUGAUUAAAAUUUAUUUGAAUUCAAGAAUUACACUCUAGCUUAUCAAUUGGAGACUUUAGAGGAUCAAUUCGAAAUAGAUGAAGAUCGCUUCAGAAGACCUAUAUAAAGAGCAAAAAGUGUUAUUCAAAAUGAAGAAGAUAUUAUUGCUGUUAGAAGAGCCAGCUGCAAUGAAAGAGCAAUUUCAUUCUAGGUUGAACAUUCUUACUCUGAUUAUGAAGAUAAAACUAUCACUAUUGAUUACCCAGUUGUUUUGAGUUGUAAAUAAGUAGAUAUUGUUGUAAACUAAACUUGUUAACUAACCUUUGGGAUAGAUCUUUAAACUCUUAAAUAAACAUAUGAAUUAUUUCCUGAAUAUAUCAUAUUAUUAAUAGAAGAUGCUUAAACUCAGUCUAAAUUAUAAAUGAAGUGUCUCAAUAAUUCAAGAAUUGAGAAUGUAUUUGAUUCGUUCAAUAAUGGACUGAAGAGCCAAAGAUCUCACAAAGAAUACUUUUUAAGAUUAAAAUACCCAUGUAUCCAUACAGGUAUUGGCCCAUUAAGCUUGAAUACUCCUGUUAAUUAAUUGCCGAUUCAUUGGUUAGUUUUGGAAAAAAAAUAUAGAAUCGAAUAUCAAACACCAAAUCUAAUGGAUUUAGGUAGGAAAUUUUCAAAUUUCAAAUAAACAAAUUAUUAUGAAGAUGGAUUUAUCUCUUGUGUAAUCAACAAGAUUCGCAACUGA